CCCCAUGCUCUAUAAAUAGAUGCCUCUGCCCCCAUCUAGUGGAGCGCAAAACCGAAAGAAGCAACAACAACUCUAGUUGAAGCAAUGGACAAGGCCACGCCCAAGGCGCAGGAGGUGGCGACGGAAGCCAUGGCGAAGGGGGCGGCGGAAGCCCUGAUGAAGGGGGCUUUCCAAGAGGCGAAGCUUCAGUUGAAGGUCAGAAAGAAAGUACAUCAGCUCAGGGACGACCUGGAGUGGCUGCGGGCGCUGCUACGACACGCCGACCAGCGCCGUCGGCAGGAGAUCAAUGAGUACAUGUACAUUGAGCUGUGGGUGCCGCACGCGCGUGAUGUGGCUUUGGACGCCGAGGACCUCCUGGAGGAGUAUUCUCAGAAGGAGAAGCUCAAGUGCCAUUGCAUCCUCGACUUGCUGCCAUCCUUUGUUCGGUGGCUCUGGCGGCCAUUCAUCCGCCAUUCCAUCAGUAACCAAAUUGAUAACAUCAAAGAAAGGAUUGACGAGAUCAAGAAGACGAGAAAGGGCUACGAGCUGAAGAUCCUCCCCGAAACCUGGGCUCACCCGGAAAAGUAUUAUAUCGACUGGUCUGAUCUAAAUGAAGAAAAUAUUGAAGAUCCAGACAAGCUAGUAGGUAUCAAAGAGAAAAUGGAACAAAUUGCCACAUGGCUCACCUGUCGAGAAAAGCCGCUGCAGACUGUGAUUGCAAUUAUAGGGGAAAAUGGAGUGGGCAAGACCACAUUGGCCAGCUGCAUCUAUCAAACGAGAAGCGUCAGGACCCAAUUUGACUGUAACAUCUGGAUUCAUCUACCUCAGAAGUUUAGGGUGGUGGACAUCCUCAUUGACAUCAUCCUGCAAACAAUAACAAGUGUAGAUAUGACAGAGGCAAAGAAGAAUCUCCGAGGAAAGGAUGAGGAAGCACUCAUGCAGGAGCUAGCUGAAAAGCUUAGCAAGAAAAAGUACUUAAUUGUGCUGGAUGAUGUGCGCCGCCUAGAGGAAUUGAAGUUCUUCUUGGCAGUGCUACCUGCACAAAAAGAAAAUGAAGAAAGUGCUAUUUUGAUCACAGCACAGAUCAAAUCUCCCAAUCCUCCUGCUGCCAAUUCGAGUGGGCAGCUUGAAUAUAUGACUGGCAGGAUUCAUAAAAAGGAAGUUACAUCUGCUGCCUGGCUACAGCUUUGCCAUCACUAUGUGGAACUAAAGAAGCUGGAAAAAGGUCAGGGAAGAGAGAUGUUCUGCAGAAGGCUCUUUGGAGAAUCGGACUUCCCCAGCGGUUUCCGGAAGAUGCAUGUGCAUUCUAAGGCCCUUGAGAGCCUGUUGGACCAAAGCUUACCACUGGCAGUCACUCUGCUAGCUGGGCUUUUGAGGACCAAGAAGGAAGAUGAGUGGACUGAUGUAGUUGAUCUGCUACUCCAGUAUUCUAAACACAACAAUAAUGGAGAUGAUAAGAUAGAGAAAGAAGAAGCAACAAAACCGAAUCUGGAAGAUGAAGGAAACCGAGAAUCGAAGCAGCAGGAGCAAGAAAAGGAAGAAGAAAUAAUGGAACAGCUGCAGAUUGGAGAAGGUCAACAUCAAGGAGAGCAGCACCAAAGAGAGGCGGGUCAACAAGGAGAGCAGCAACAAGUGGAACAGCAAGCAGAAACCCAGAAUCAGAUAAAGCCUGUGGGCGGACUAUUCAGGAACCAGCCUCUGAUUAAAAAGAUCCUCAUACUGAGCUUCGAUGACCUGCCUUCGUACCUCAAACAAUGCCUCCUUUACUUUGCUGCAUUCAAGGCUGAGGAAGACAUUGAUGCGGAGAAGAUUAUUCGGCUGUGGGUUGCUGAAGGACUUGUGCAAGCCACUGAUGGCCACACCAUGGAAGAGCAUGCUGAGGACUGCCUAAAGAUGCUAAUCUCCCGGUGCCUGAUCAAUUUGGUCCAAGUGGGCUACAACAACAAAAUCAUCACAGUCAGCAUCCAUGAGAGUGUCCUUGACUUCGCCAUGUCCGAGGCCCGUGACAGCAAUUUCCUCCAAGUCCACCACAGUACCACUGAUCUUCCUCGAGCCGCCAUACGUCGGCUCUCCCUUCAGAAUGCAUUUGACACCCACACAAGGUUGAAUCUUUCCACUCCAAAACUCCGUUCCUUGCUGUGCGAAUUCCCGGAAGCCCCCAGUGAUGAUCACAGAAAGAACAUAACUAACUGCUACAGCCAUAGCAUUCAACAGGUGCGGAUGGUAAUCACAGGCCGCAUUAACAACGACCUCAACAUCUGCCGGUGCACGUUUCUGCGGGUGAUUGACCUCAAAGGCACAGUUCAAGAGUUUACCUUACCGGAGGAGAUUGGGUGGCUGGUCCAUCUAAGGUACCUCGGACUUGCAGACUCCAGGUUGAGGGGGCUUCCUAGUUCAGUCAAGAAGCUCCGAAGUCUGCAAACCCUGGACAUCACCAACACCGAUGUAGAUUCAGUCCCACAGGAGUUCUGGAACCUCAAAGCACUCCGGCAUGUGCUAGCGCGACAUCUCAAGAAGGGACCCCGCCAAGUGCAUUCGUUGAACAACCUGCAGACCCUACAUGGUGUCCCCUGGGGCCGAUGGGUUCACGAGAAGAAGAGAUUGACCAACCUCCGGUCCUUACAAGUAUGGAAUCUAUCGACAAGUAAACGCUGUAAGGCUCUCCUCACUUAUCUUGCCAGCCUGGAGUGCCUCACAUCAUUGGAUUUGGAAGUCAAGGAAGGAGCUCAAAUCCAACUAGAUAGGUUGCUAAUUAUGCCAGUCCUGCGCAAUCUUGGAAGUCUUAAGAUACAUGGCCCGGUACAAGCAACGGAACAGAGCUACAGCUACUUGCUCCCUAACCUCAGCAAGCUGGAGCUCUGUGGAUCAGGAUUGAACCAAAACCACAUCGACAUGAUUGCUGGCUUGCCAAACCUUCUAGAGCUUAUCCUUGGGAAAGAUUCAUAUAUGCACCAAGACAUGAGCAUCCCACCCAAUGGGUUCCGUGAGUUAAGAAAGCUCCGGUUCAAUGGAUUACCGGAGUUGGUGAAAUGGCAUGUUCAAUCAUCAGCAGAUGGUGUGUUGUCAUCGCUCUCGCACCUUGAGCAUUUGUGCAUCUUCAGCUGUGCCAAACUGGAGCUUAUCCCAGACUACCUGCUCAAGCUAGAAAAUCUUGUCCAGCUAACCUUCCACGACUUGCCAAAGCUUCUGAUGCUUCCCUCCCUAGGGAAAUUCUCAUCCAAGAAUCCGACAUUAGUGUUGGGGGAAUAGGUAUCAGAAGAACAGUGAUUAUUUCUGACGAAUCGGCAUUAUUGCCGACAUCACUUGUAGUUUACCAUUCAUCCAUGUAUGUAUAAUGUAUACAUAAUGUACUGUACCUCGUUGUACAACAGUAUGAAUAUGCUAUUAAUGUUUAUAAUAUAAGUCAAUAAA